CCGUUACUUACUCACUCCUCUACAAAAAGAAGAGGCUAAGGAACUCAAAAGGGACUCAUCCUCUGUCAAAAACGUUUUAAUUCUCAGGGUAAACAAAACAUCAAGAGCAAAAAAUGGCGACUAGAAUGGUUGAGCCUGCAGUGAAUCCGACGAAGACAGAGGCGUCUAGUUUAGUUGGGAAGCUUGAGAUAGAUGUUGACAUCAGAGCUUCCGCUGGGAAGUUCCAUCACAUGUUUGCUGGGAGACCACACCAUGUCUCCAAAGCAUCUCCAGGCAACAUUCAAGGUUGUGAUCUGCAUGAAGGUGACUGGGGCAAAGUCGGCUCUAUCGUCUACUGGAACUAUGUUCAUGAUGGGGAGGCAAAAGUGGCAAAAGAAAGGAUAGAGGCAGUGGAGCCGGAGAAAAACAUGAUCACUUUUCGGGUGAUAGAGGGAGAUUUAUUAAAAGAGUAUAAGAGCUUUGUGAUCACUAUCCAAGUGACUCCUAAACAGGGAGGGCCAGGGAGUACAGUGCACUGGCACGUUGAGUAUGAGAAAAUUGACGAAAAAGUGGCUCACCCAGAGACCUUCCUUGAGUUCUGUGUUCAAGUUUCCAAAGAGAUCGAUGAACAUCUCCUGAACGAGGAAUGAGAAGAGUGCUAGCUCUUUAAUAGUGUAUGAUCUAUCCCUAUAUACAUGUGCCAUGAAUCAUGCCUGUAUUCUAGUAGUAAUCUAGUCUAUGAAAGUCCAAAAAAUAAGGAGCCGUGUGCGAUAUCGAGAUGAGUAUUGAGUGAUAUAUGAAAGUACUCUAAAUGUGUGUAUAUGUCAAGUACUUGUUUUUAAUAAAAGCUUGUAAUAUAUUUUUGUGGAUAAA